AUGUCAGAUUCAACAACAUCAUCACAACAACAAACCUCAUCAGAUCAUCAACCACAUGAAAAUAAAGAACUCUACGAGACUCAAAAGAAUUGGGUACCUUUGGAAGCUAAUCCAGAGGUAUUGACUUCAUUCAUGCAGAAUCUUGGUGUACCAGAGGAAUGGGAGUUCUGUGACAUCUAUGGUAUUGAUUCAGAGCUAUUAGAUAUGGUUCCAAAGCCUUGUAUUGCUGUAUUGUUGUUAUUCCCAAUCACCAACAGCUACGAACAACAAAGAUAUAAAUUGGAAGAUGACAUCAAAAGUAAAGGACAAAUAGUUAGUGAUAAAGUAUAUUUUAUGAAACAAUACAUCGGAAAUGCCUGUGGAACGAUCGGUGUAGUUCAUUCGGUUCUCAACAAUGCAAAUGUCAUCAAAUUCAAAGAUGGAUUCUUUAAGAACUUUUUGAAUACCACCACCAAUCUCAAUGUAGAGCAACGUGCCACAGCACUGGCACUCAACACAGAGAUUGAGAAAUCACAUGAAAUCUCUGCUCUCCAAGGUCAAAGUAGUGUUCCAGAUGAAGAUGAGCCUGUAAUUUUACAUUUUGUUUCAUUUGUAAAUGUUGAUGGACAUUUAUAUGAAUUGGAUGGCAGAAAACCAUUCCCAAUCAAUCAUUCGACCACUACCGAAGCUACAUUCUUGGAGGACGUAUCUAAAGUCCUUCAAAAAAUGAUUGAAGAAAAUCCUGAGGAAAUUAGAUUCAAUUUAAUGGGUUUGGUAAAGAGUCAGAGUGAAGAAGAAGAAGAAGAAGAAGAAGAGGAAGAGAAAAAAGAAGAACAAAAGGAAAAUGAAGAAAAGAAUAAUUAA